ACAGGCUGUCUGGCUUUCAGCCUCUCCGACUUUCCAAAUAGCGUAGCGCUAAAAAUAGGGAUGAAGAGCCCAACAACACAACGGAAGGCAGACAGAAAUGACUCCCUCGGCGACCUGAGGUGCUGCUUUAGCUGACGUCCCGUGGCCCAGCUAUGCGAAGUUAACUGAGAUUGUGCAACCUUUCAAUGUCAUUGGUACAGUCUGCCUUUUUCAAGAUGAACGAAGGCAAAUGUUAAUCUUCCCGAUGCCAUGGACAAAGGAGCGGUUUCUGGGGGAUCUACCGAGGUCAUGAAAAGCAAAGCGAGCGGCGGCGAUGGCAGCCAUAGCAACGCGGCUGCGUGCUCGGCUGCGAGCCGCCAGACCGGGCUGGAUGUUAGGGGCGGCGCGGAGAGCGUGUCCGCCCAGCCGCGCCCGGGAUCGAAGCACAGCGCAGACAGCACCGCCGUCCAGGAGGAAGCAGCAGCAGCAGCAGCAGACAGCGAGGCGGAGCUAAAAGUCCAGCAACAGCGUGUAGGUCGGACUGGUGUAAGCGGCGGCUGUGGUGUGAAGAUCAAGGAUCUUACGCCGGGAGGGGGAGCCGCGUCAGUGACAUGCAAGCGCUCAAACAGCAGCGAGCAGCCCUGCCCCUCGCAAGGCGAGCAGUCUGCGCCUUCUGCUGCCACAGGCACCACGAUCUCGGCCGUGGCUGCUCAGGAGGAUGCUGAUGGUCGCGGCGCUUCAAAGGAAGGGGGCGAAGGGGACGCGGCGACAGGGGUAGCGGCGAGCGGCGUGGCCACUGGCUCGGCAGGUGGAGGUAGCGACGCCACGGCUACCGUCACAGGCAUGAAAUGCAACACAAACGGCGACUGCAGGAGAGAUCCGUCCUCUAAAGGGAGCCUGUCUUCAAUAGUCUCUAAACAGGAGAAGCAGGGUGCGGGGAUAACUGGAGCCGAGGACGGGAAAAGGCGGAGCGGCUGCAAUUCUACAACCGCCAGUAUGGACGGCUCGACCACCCCUGCCGGCUCAUUGGCACAGGGGCAGGGGGGCGAGACGGCGAACCCCGGUGCCGCCGGUGUCGUCGAAAAGAAGGACUCCCGAGUUUCCUUCUCCAAUGCGCCCAGCAGGAAAUCAUCCUCCUCUGUGCUGGGCGCCGGUCAGACCCAGAACCAGCAGACCCGGAAUUCAGUGACAUUCCUUAAAUCUGAGGAUGGACCGCAGAUCCUGCCGGAGGAUGGGGAGCUGCGGGACAACCAGACGUUCAUGCAGCGCCAGUUCAGCUCCAUGCUGCAGCCGGGAGUUAAUAAAUUCUCCUUGCGUAUGUUUGGGAGCCAAAAAGCGGUAGAAAGAGAACAGGAGCGAGUUAAAUCGGCAGGCAACUGGAUUAUCCACCCAUACAGUGAUUUCAGGUUCUAUUGGGAUUUCACAAUGCUCAUGUUUAUGGUGGGCAACUUAAUCAUCAUUCCCGUGGGCAUCACAUUUUUCAAGGACGAAACCACCACACCGUGGAUUAUUUUCAACGUGGUAUCGGACACCUUCUUCCUCAUGGACCUGGUGCUCAACUUCCGCACCGGCAUUGUCAUCGAGGACAACACAGAAAUUAUCCUUGACCCGGAGAAGAUCAAAAAGAAGUACCUGAAGACGUGGUUUGUGGUGGACUUUGUCUCCUCCAUCCCUGUGGAUUAUAUCUUUCUCAUUGUGGAGAAGGGCAUCGACUCUGAGGUGUAUAAGACGGCUCGCGCCCUGCGGAUCGUGCGCUUCACCAAGAUCCUCAGUCUUCUGAGACUCCUGCGACUCUCCCGACUCAUUCGCUACAUCCACCAAUGGGAGGAAAUCUUCCACAUGACCUACGACCUGGCCAGUGCAGUCAUGCGCAUCUUCAACCUGAUCGGCAUGAUGCUGCUGCUGUGCCACUGGGAUGGCUGCCUGCAGUUCCUGGUGCCCAUGCUGCAGGACUUCCCCUCCGACUGCUGGGUGUCGCUCAACAAGAUGGUGAAUGACUCCUGGAGUGAGCUGUAUUCCUUCGCCCUCUUCAAGGCCAUGAGUCACAUGCUUUGCAUCGGCUAUGGGCGGCAGGCGCCGGAAAGCAUGUCUGACAUCUGGCUGACUAUGCUCAGUAUGAUCGUGGGCGCCACCUGCUACGCUAUGUUCAUCGGCCACGCCACCGCACUCAUCCAGUCCCUGGACUCGUCACGGCGCCAGUACCAGGAGAAGUACAAGCAAGUGGAGCAGUACAUGUCCUUCCACAAGCUGCCGGCUGACUUCCGACAAAAAAUCCACGACUACUAUGAGCACCGAUACCAGGGCAAGAUGUUUGAUGAGGAGAGCAUCCUGGAGGAGCUUAACGAACCGCUGCGGGAGGAAAUCGUGAACUUCAACUGCCGCAAGCUGGUGGCCUCCAUGCCGCUGUUCGCCAACGCGGACCCCAACUUCGUGACGGCCAUGCUGACCAAGCUGCGCUUCGAGGUCUUCCAGCCCGGUGACUACAUCAUCCGCGAGGGCACCAUUGGCAAGAAGAUGUACUUCAUCCAGCACGGGGUGUUGAGCGUGCUCACCAAGGGCACCAUGGGAAUGAAGCUUUCAGAUGGAUCCUACUUUGGAGAGAUCUGCCUGCUGACCCGUGGCAGACGCACGGCCAGCGUCCGCGCCGACACUUACUGCCGGCUGUACUCCCUCUCAGUGGACAACUUUAACGAGGUUCUGGAGGAGUACCCCAUGAUGAGGAGAGCUUUCGAGACCGUGGCCAUCGACCGACUCGAUCGCAUCGGGAAGAAGAAUUCCAUCCUCAUGCACAAGGUCCAGCACGACCUCAACUCUGGCGUCUUCAACAACCGUGAGAACGAGAUGAUCCAGGAGAUCGUGAAGUACGACCGGGAGAUGGUGCAGCCGGUGGACCAGCCACGUGCCAUGUCACUGACGCCACCCAUGCAUGGGGGCAUCUUCGCCCCGCCAGGCCCUUCGCAGGCCCCCUCGGCCAUCGCCACGCUACAGCAGGCCGUGGCCUUAAGCUUUUGCCCCCAGGUGGCCAGCCCGCUGGUGGGCCCCAUGGCGCUACAGUCGCCCAGGAUGGUGCGCCGCUUCCAGGUGGUGCAGAGCCUGUCCAGCCCAGUCUCGGUGUCCCCACUCCAGGCCCAGCAGGCUGUCCAGCCUCAGGCCUCUGGCGGGGCCUUUGCCUCAGCCAUCUCGAGCCCCCCCGUUCAGAGCCCGCUCGCCACCGGGGCGCGAACUUUCCAGUAUGGCUCCAGUCCCAUGGGGGCCUCUUCUGGCUCUCAGCUUUCCCUAGUCCAGCAGCGGGCCCCCAGCCCAACACAGCGGCCUGCCACGCACAAGAGCACCCACUCGUUGCACAGCAGCAGUUUGAGCCAAGAUGCCCGCGCUCUGUCGGCAUCGCAGCCCUCCCUGCCACACGAGGGCGCUCCACCGGCAGGCCCCAGCCUGCCGCAGUCCACCCGCGUCUCCUCCACAUCCAUCGGGCCUCCUCAGACCCACCCUGGAACAUCAGGGGCUUCGGGGUACAGGGGUGCGGUGCCACAGAGGGUAAUGCUCCCCCAUCAGAUGUCGAUGGGCUCCUUCCCUUCCUCGUCCCUCGCCGGCGUGUCGCCUGGGGUCGGGGCGGCCGCCGCUGUCGGAGUAGGCCAGCUGGACUCUGGGGCACCGAAGAAAGAUUCCAUAGGCAGUCUCCCUGAAACGGACUCCAUCAGAUCCAGGCUCUCCUCCAACUUGUGACACGGAAGAGUCCCGUGUGCUGAGGAGCCGUGUUUUGUGAGCUGCCAGGGUCCUGGUCCUCGUCCCACGUCUCCCUCUCCCUGUCAGUCCCCGAUUCUCGCAACAAGAAUGUAUAACGAGUGACUGGUGACAAUGCAAAGAGGGAACUUGUACCUAACAAUUUAGAAUGGAGUAGUGGAAUAUUUGUACUCUACACGCGUAUAAUAUAAACCCACGUAAAUGAAUAGCUGUAGCACCUGCUCAUAUCCUGCCUUCGACGCCUCCUUCGUUUGCUUUCGUUACUGUAAAAAAAAAAAAAAAUGUAUAAGUCACACACUGUAUAAAAUCCAAACAAUGCAAACUAGCGAGAGCUGGAACAAAAGAGAAAAUCAGGGACCCUCUUCGGAUGACAAUUAUGACGUUUAACGCUUUGCGAAAGUGUUUUUUGUGUAUGAAAUUGCUAUAUAACUAGGUGUUCUACUUAUGAAGCUGUUAUAUUAGUAUUGUUUUAGAAAAAAAGAAAAUGAUAAAAAAAAGCUUAUAGUAUUCUAGACCGCUGGUCGAUCUUAAAUGAACAUGUAAAAAUGAGAAGUGUCAAAGCGCGUUCCUGGCAGUUUGAUCUACGUUGUAAUUUCUUCAGACCAAAGUUGAUCUUUAACACAAUGGUGAUGUGUGUCUGUGUAAACGAGAGAAACAACUAAAAACAAAAACAGUCCUGAAAAUAUAAAACGAGAUCCAUUUAACUGCCUUGAUUCCUACUUUUAAAGCCAUAAUUACUCUAACCCUAUGUGUUUAAUAUGAUUUUUACAUCCAUGACUUGUUCCCCCCUCACAACUUGGUAAAUUUUUUUUUCUCUCGAUCCCAUUUCUCAUGGUUUUUAUGAAGAAAUGAUGCAAACAUUAUAGUGGUGUGUUUCUGUUUUAAGGGCAAAAUAUUUAGUAGAAGGUUUGUCAUCGUACUGGAACUUGCACAAAGUUAAUAGGAAUGUAGCUUCAGUGAAGGAUGGCUGUUGUAUGUAAGAUGACAGAAGCUGACUUAUACAGAGCUGCGAUGGGCUGGCACCCCAUCCUGGGUUAUUUCCUGCCUUGUGUCCGUAGCUUCCAGGAUAGGCUUCAGACCGCCGUGACCCUGCCUACGGAGAAUGGAUGGAUGGAUGGAAUUAUACGAGACUCUGUGAAAGAGUUCUGUGAAAGACGCACCCAUUCCCACCAACUGACGCCAUUUCAGAUUCUGAUUCUAUAUAACCAUAUAUGUUUCACUGUCAGGGUAUGCAUUCAAGAGGACUUGACAUCUUACAGCUGUAACAUUUUAUACCGUUCUUGAUGCUCUCCAUGAAAAACAAGAUUCCCAGCUCCUUUUGUAAGCUGGACUUUGGGUGAUUAGUCUCGAUUCCAACCUAGAAAAGGAGUCAUGGAGGGAGAGAAACCAUGUGGGAAUUUGAAUGUUAGCAUAGAGAUGCAUCCCAGUGCUGAUACAAUUGCACAGCAAUGCAAUUCUCAACUUUAUAAAAAGACCUCAUUCUUAUGGGCCAAUCUUAGGGAGAGUUUUAUUUUUUAUUAUUAUUUUUUUAAAUAAACAGUUAGCCUUCAUUUUGAUCCUACUUAGCUUCUUUUCACUACAUUUUACUGUGUGUCAAAUCGACUUGGUAGCUUUAAGGAAAUCUUGCAGGAUACACGGCAAUGCGACAGUAUCCACCAGAGGUGAGAAUCCGUAGAUAAGCAGUAAAUUGACUCUACAUGUCACCUCAUAUUGCUGUGUCACUUGGCUUGGGCGCUUGUACACUGAAAUUUUCAUGUUGAUAAUGAUCUUUAGUUUGUAUUAGCUGUUUGGAUUUCAUCCCAGGUUGACUUCAACUGCUUACUGAACGCGGUUGAAAUGCUGAAAUGCAGACUUUGGAGUCUUUGCUGGGUCAGGAUUGAGUGCUACCAGAAAGCACAUUGUAUGAGUGCGUGUGUGUGUGUGUGUUUGUCCGUGCCAAUAAUGUAGAGUUGAUGUGUUUCAGUGUGAUACUACGGGACCAUUGAAAAAAUAUAGCCUGUCUGUAUGUUUGGGAUAUAGAUGUGCUCACUUGAGUGGUGGAAGAUAAAAAAAGGUACUUAGUUGACCUCACAGUUCCAUUGAUGAUUUACACUCUCAGCUAAAUGACAUUCACCCGCCAUAGAGCCGCAAACCAGCACCACACAAUCGGCACAUCAAACAAAUGUGAUAUUGCACUGGUAAACAAAUUCAGAAUCCCAAAUAAUGAAAUCGAACUGAAGUUUCUGGUGAUAUGUUCACAUUUGUUGAGUUUAUAAAGCCAUUUUACGAGAGUAGUACUUACCGCCACGAUUUAGAAUAGCAGCAUGGUAAAUUGAGCAGUCCUUACUGUUGAGUAUCUGCUAUGGAGAAACCUUAGAUGAUCUCAAUCCAGCAUCUCAGUCUUAAAUGCUAGAUUUCUCUAAUUUCUCCUGGAUCUAUCAAGCCAAGGCAGGUGCUGGUAAGGGGGUUAGACUAAGGACCACUCCAGUCAGCCUCAGAAUAUGUCCCCAGUAGAUACAGGCAGCCUGUAUGUGCGUUUGGCACGUUUCCAUUCCACCUCAUCAUGCUUAGCAGACUUAGUUAAUGAACCAUCUCUGCUUCCUUUUCUUCCGUGUUGCCGAUCAACAGUAAGGGGUAAGAUGUUUGUCUAUCUCCUGACAUUAUUAUUUUUAUUAUUAUGAAAACAGUUUAGGACCAAUAGCAGAUGCAAUAAUCUGAAACGUGAAAACUGUGAGAGAUAUAAUGUAUGGAAAAUGUAUAGAAAAAAGCAAUAGAACUGAAAGACUGAAGUGACUGAAAAUUUCUGGCAAAACUACACAGCAAAUAAGUAACUGUAGAUACAUCUCACUUAAUGCCCUGAUAGACUGUCUGAAAAUGUCUGCACAUAUUUUUUUUUUUAUAUCCGCAAUAAUCUAUAAUUAGUAUGUCUAGUCAUACACAGCAGGACAUUACCACUGAUAUAUUUGCACUUGCUAAUUACAGCGAUUUUUUUUGCUUCUUAGUAAGAUUGUGCGGGACUGUCUUGAGUAUCCCCUGCCUUGGCCUGUGUGUCUACCUGGACAUGGGCUGGACCAUCACCACCCUGACUGGGGGAGGAGCUGUGGAAUUGGGAUGUGUGGGUGGAUUGUUGUCAAGUUUGCUUUAUCGCUAGGGUGUCCCAGAGAUGAGAGUUUGCAAUGACUUAUAGUCCCCAGGGAAGGCCGGUGCUUUUGUGUUGCCUGCUUGCCGUUGUGAGGGUUGAAGGGAGACGGAUAAAUCAGAGUGACCUCGUGGUACCCCAUGGGCGGGCACCAGUUAAGCCGUUCCUGAUCCCAGCAGGAGAAGAGAUGAGAUGGUUUCUUGAGAAUAGCGUUUGACGGGUUCUGUAUUUCCAAUGCGAUUAUCCCAUUCCAAGGCUUAUUAUAUGAUCCUUGUAAUUACUUUAAAUAAAAAUAACUCAGGAUUUAAUUACUUAGACAACCUGAUUAGUCUAUUAACCAACUUUGGGCUGGUUUUGUAUGUGCACGUCUGACUAGCAAAGCACACAUAGACAGAUUUAUUGUUUUCUUGUUCCAUCCUUUUUAGAGGCAAGUUAACUGCUUUUUUCCCCGAUUUCUACACCAAGGGUUUAUUUUCAGAUCAUUGCUGUCAUUCUGGGUCAUUCCAUAACGGUGAUGAUAGUUAUAUCUAGUGGAAAAGUAAGGUUUCAUUGUAGCAGAGGGCAGUGUAAGACCCAGCUUCACUUCUAGCUCAAAUGGCAUGUUGCGAUAUUCCUGGAUUUCGGUCUAAACUAGAUCCCGAAAAAAGUUACUUUUUUGUUUUAAGUACUACUUAGUUUAACCCCGGGCAAAAGUAACUGGAGAAGUCACAGAUUUGUACAUGAAUAUCACAGAUUUUAAAAAUGAUUACAGCUAAUCUGUAGCCUUUUAUGUUGAAUGUAUGUAAAGGAUAGUGGACGAUGACUCUUAUACCAGAAGCACUGUAAAACAAACAAAGAAAAAACACAAAAACAAGCAAAUGCAAAGCAAGUUGAAAGGAUACUGUACUGUGGCUGUACUUCCAAAUGCAUCUUGGUUCUGUGAAAAGUGGACCUCUGUGAAAUUUCGCUUCCAAUCGUCACAAAGAAGCAUUUUCGUGUUGCAUGGAGGAGCAGUGUCUGUGUUACAUCUCAGUCUGCAUUGAGAUAUUUGGUGCACAGCUGACUGUUAUGGGAGGAUAGCGAUAUUGCCAACUCGUGUUCUCACUUCCUGUUGGAAAUUUACUGCUGCAUUUUGGGUAUUUUGAGUUUUUUCUGGCAAAUGUUUUUUUUUGAAUGUCAGUCGUUACAUUUGGAUAAUCAUUAUUUUUUUGAAGUGUAACAAAUUGAGAGGCUGGAAUUUUAUAGUUUUUCAUUGACCUAGUAUAGCUUCGUCACCUGGUAAAGUUCGAUUCCUGCAUCCAAAGAACAUUCUGUACAGCUCUGGUCAUUUAGCGUUUCUGCCAUUUCUCAUUUGUUUCCACUAUAAAAAAAAAUGCAUAAAUAAGUGUGGCUAAUAGUGCGAUCAGCAUUUGCCCAGGUAUGGUAUGCAUUUAGUGUGUGCCCUGUGAGGGGGUCGGUGCCCUAUUCUGGGUUGUUCUCUGCUUUGCAUCUAUAACAUCCUGGAUAGGCUCCCAGCCCCCGAUACCCUGAAUGGGACAAGUGGGUACAAAAAAUGGAUGGAUGGAUGAUAAGCAUUUAUUUUUCCAGUUUGACGUCACUACGCAACUCUCCACAAUUCUAGAUGUUAAUUUUACAUCAGUGACAUUCCUCUUUAGCCAAUAUAGCGUUAACAUGCCUAUACUGCCAAAUAAAUGUUCUAGGAAAAUCUAAAGAGAAUGUUUCAUAGUUUAAAAAGCUCCAGGUUUCCACAUUGCACUGCGGAUUCAGGUUCAUUUCAGACUGAAAGGACAUUAGGUUCCUCUGGGAAACCCCUCUUUAAUUAACAACCAGCAUUUUUGUGGGACGACUCACCUCAAUGACUUCACAAAUCCUUGGGUUUUUCAGAAAGUAAAAAAAAUGUCAAAGGCAGCGGAAGAUGAUUGUGGACGUGUGAAUGAAUGAAUAUGCCAACUGUACAUUCCCUCUGUAUAACUCACUGACCCUCUGCUGUUUUUCCCUAUGCUGGUAUCUGAAUCUGCCCUACUUUGAGCUGCUGUAAAUUGUUUGGGGGCUAAAUGUUACGAACAGGAAUGUUUCGGGGAGCCCAGCGAUGUUUACGAAGCUCCCGUUUCUCGUUCCAUCCGAAAACCUUAACUACGAAAUUGGACCAGUCCUCGUUCGUUAACUACGGAGUAUUACGUGAAUCAGGGUUUUGCUUUUUGUUGUCUGAGUCACAACAUGUGUCCUGUACAUACCUACUGCUUAGUGUAUUCACUUUCUACAUGGUGUUUCUUUGUGUGGGUAUGAAAUGCAAACUGCCCCUCCUGUUCUGAUAAUUCAUUGCAAUACGUGACAAAGGGAGAAUGAAAAAUUGUAAAUUACAUAUAAAUAUAUAUACAGAACUGAAUUUUCAGUUUAACACUUGUUUUGCAUUUAUCAGAAAAUAAAACUAUUUCUUCAGCUGCACAUGUAAUCCUUAGAGAUGCCCAGCCCUCAUUUGGAUGCUGAAAGCUCAGCUAACGUACCUGUUUGAUUACUGUAUAGGAUUCUACGUCAAUGCGCUGUAGUUACAGUCAAAGGAGCUAUAAUAUUGUGUGCAGUCCAUCAGCGUCGGGGCAGGCAGAACCUGACAGAAGAUAGUUCCUGUUCACUGCUCCGGCAUGAAAGUCCAUUCCAAAAAAGAGUCAAGUAACUAAGCCAACAAAAUGGGAGCCCCAGAGGUUCCAACCAAGCAUGAAGAGAUUUUGGAACAUGGCUAAAGAAUUGGUUAAUACAAUGUUUUUAAAACGUAAAGGCAGUUUGAAAAAGUGACACUAUUCUUAGUGUCACUGGGAUGUCCUGGACGUUACUUGUUCUCAUGCAAACCCCUGUAUGAACAUUAAAGGAUUUUCAGAGCUGAACUGUAUUGUCACGGGAGUUUACCGACUUUCAACCGAGUUCCCUCCCGAGACGGGAGGGAAACAAAGCAUCUGAUGGUGAUUAGAAUCCUGCCAGUUAAGCUUCCAUAGUCCCAGGGUUCACAGGGUUUUGAUACUGAGUACCUGUAAAUUUGCGUUGCCGUCCUUUGGGAUGCAAUUCUGGUCUCUGUGCAGGGGAAACACAACUACAGCUGUGUCUGCCUGUGGCAAUAUCAGUCAGCGGCAAAGAGCAAAGUGUAUUUGUUAUUAAUUACUUAAUGUACUUUUAAUAAGUGGAUAUGACAAAAUUCAUUGUUAAAUCUUUAUAAUGGAAUAUGAUUCUUAAUGUAUUGUUGAAACCUUCUUUUUCUGUGGAGACUAAGCUGUUGAUUGAGGUCAAAGGUCCGUGCUUGGUGCUCAGAAAGUUUUGGCCAAAGAAGUACAAGCAGAGGAGAAAGUCUAUCAAACGAUCUGCAUUCUGUGCACCGCUGUGGAAACCGUGACGAAAGUCCACAGGAGACACCUGGCACAUUACGGAACACUGUCGAUGUGGCGAUGGUGUCCGGCGAAGAAAUGCAGUGAUUAAAAACGUGCAAUAAAACACGAGAGCACUGGUAUACUACCUGCAGACGACUUGUCUUUUCUGUUAGUGAUAAUGACAAUUAUCCUUCACAUAAGACAGAGAAAAUGUUCUUUUAGAGGGUUAUUAAAAAUCUCAAUGAGGAGUUAUAAUUCACGUUUUAAAAGGUUUGUUCACUGUAUUAUAAAAAUGGCAAUAAAGCAUAAUUUGUACUAUGA